AUGGAGUCCAACGCGUACGAUUACGGCGGUGGCAGUGGUAACGUCAGUGAGGAAGAAGCCGCAUCUGAGCGCCGCAAGCCAAAGUUCGUCAUUGAAAUAUCCACGCCAGCACCCUUCUCACUUGAAGCUGAAACUAUUAUUCCCGAGAAGUCAUCACAAGACGAGGAAAGUACUCUUCCCCCAGAAAUCUUGGCUGAUCUUGGGUUAACGAAGGAACAGAAGGAGAACUUGCUUACUAAAACACUGAUCAUCGAAAACUUUCAACCUGCUAUAGCGCCAAGAUUGCUCGUCGAGAUUGUGUCAGUAAUUAAUGAAUCGACUAAAAAUCAUGACAGGCGUGAAAAGAUGCAAAACCAACUAGGUUGUGGUAUUGCAGGCUUAGCACAUUUAACGUCGGAUUUAAAAAGUAAAGAAAUCAGCAAAUAA